UCACCCUAAGGGAUACUGACUAGAAUUGACACUGAGCAUGGAUCAGGCUCCGAACAGCAGGCGGACCGAAGGGGGCAACAGCCAGCCUCAGAGCACCCCCGUGACUACCAGCUCCACGGUGGGAGAAUGUCAGCACAGCAUCUCCCACUCAUCAGCACCAUGUGAGAACUGCGGUUGGCUGCAGGCUCAAGGAUCAGCUCUGCCCUUCCAACCAAACCAAGGCAGCACCACUACCCAGGGAUACCUUCAUGGUGAAAUACCUCUCUUACAGGGUGUACCGAAUGAUCAGCAGCAGCUGUUCACCCCAGUAGCUCUCCGUCCUUCUUUCCAUGGGUGGGGCACAACUGGACAUCUCUCAGUGCCUUUGUAUGCACCAUUGCAAACACAGCACAGGGACUUUGCAACAGCCAGACCUGUGAAUCAAUUAUAUAGACAACCUCACCUCCAGCUGGUUCAGGUGCAGCCUCCUGGUCUUGGACCCAUUCGCCCAACCACCUUCCAGGACGGGGUGGGCCUCUACCACCAUGGAACAUUAGCUCCCAUCCCACUGGAGCAGAGGAACCCGAUCGUCCGGAUUGGUAGCGCUGUCCCUAUGCCACCAGCUGCGAACAAUGAAAUGCUCCUGGUCCUCCAGCAGGUGGAACCUCAGUCCACCCUGGAACCUGCCCCAGCCACUGGGUACUUUCCAGCCUCACAAGGUUUGUGCUCAUCUUUGUAA